GCCCGCACACUCGGUGUUUCACAAGCGCACCUCGCUGCGCGUCGUUCUCGACUCAGUCCACGCUUCGCGACGUUUAAAGUUUACCCAAAGUGCAUUGUUUGAAAAAAUAAAAAAUUGUGAAUAGUGAGUGAUGGAUAAAAACAACUUUCAGCCGAAUUGAAAAUUGGUGGGGACGGUAAAAGUGAAGAAAAAAUAACAAAAACGUUUCGCUUUCGAAUAAACUCGUGGUGACUUCAACUAACCGGUCGAAUAAACAACGACAAAUAUGUGACUGCGCGCCUUUUGCUGUGGUGCGAAAUAUUCAAAAUCUCCGAACAUUGGAUUUUGGCAUGAUUCUUUCGAAUUUUGAGUGCUUCAUUGGUGAUAAGCGGCAGUGACGUGUGACCACUGGAACUUGAGAGCGAAUUUGGAAGUAACAAUUCCUCGCAGGAUAACAAACGUCUUAAAAUUGAUGGACUUUGCAACGAGGUAUUUCCGUGAUGUUUUGGGCAAUGCUUGAAACGGUCGGUGGAGAUCUUGGAUUAACAUGGUUGACAUCAUUCUAAAAUUCAUUCCUCUUGUCUGUUGGCUCAUACAUGGGAACUCGGGGCAUGUCAUACGGGACCGACGAUGCUUUUUGGAAAAUGGUGCAACCGCGUCCCACCUCUUCGUCAGCGAAGACCUUGCCGUUGGCGACACCAUCGGCGUCCUCGGAGUACUCGGUAACCCGGGCCUCAACGGAGACAUCGAUUUGAGGCUCCAAGAACACGACAGCCCCGUGACUAUCGCACCGCUUUCUAAGAACUUGAGUCUCUCGAGGCCUCUCGAUAAAGAAGGAGUCGACGGGCCUGCCAGCGUUCUCGUCAACGUCAUUUGUGAACGGAAGCACACGUUGGAUCCGGGCUUUGUGAUUCCUGUAAAUAUACGAGUAACCGAUGCCAAUGACAACGCCCCUCAGUUCGUCAACGCUCCUUACGUGCUCAACAUUUCUGAGGUGACUGUCAUUGGAACGAGGGUUUUGCAAGGAGUUCGAGCAGUGGAUGCUGAUCAACCUGGCGCAUACUCGACGGUGCAAUACUCCGUUCUCCCAGGACUCAAUUCGGAUUACUUUGUUUUCGUGAAUGCUUUGGAAGGAACUCUCGUCCUCCGGAAACCAUUGGAUUACGAAGUUCUCAGCAAUUUCUCUGUUGGCAUUCGGGCACAAGACCAAGGGAACCCCCCGCAGUCGUCGGUGACUACGCUGUUCGUCAACGUCGUCGAUGCAGACGACCAGAAUCCUGCUUUUCUCAAUGAUCAGUAUAAAAUAAUCAUCCCCCAUGAUGCGAAACUGAAUACAGUGUUGAGGGUCGAGCCAGCUCCGAUCCAGGCUGUGGACCAGGAUGUUGGCAUCAGUGCUCCAGUCAGAUACACUUUCCAAGGGGGAGCUUUGCCCUUUUUUAAUCUGAACCCCGAAACUGCCGAGGUUGUUAUGCUGAGACCAUUGCAGAGCUACGAACUCCUCACUCCCGCGACAGUCGUGCUCAAGGCAACACAAAUCGAUAAUCCGGACCGAUACGCUCUCGCAACCGUUGUAGUUUCCAGGGAAACCGCUCUGGGUAUCGAGCCGACUGCUGCGAGUCGAUUGCCAGUCAAAUUCGUACUGAAAGAUUACGAGGCAAACGUACCCGAAAAUACUCCGCCUGGGAGCGUGAUACUGACAGCAGGAGUAAAUAAAAUUGACCCGAAUCUUAAAUUUUGGCUGGUGGGAGCAGCCGAAGAUUUAGAGCGAUUUUCUAUCACUCGUGCUGGCGAGCUGAUUUUGAAAGGAACCCUCGACUACGAGCGAAGAAUUCAGCACAGUUUCCUGGUCCACGUUACCGACGGAAAACACAAUCACACAGCGCGUGUCAAUAUUUCCGUCGAAGACGUGAACGAAUGGGAGCCAAGAUUUCGUCAUCCGCGAUACGAAUUUCACGCUCGCACACUGAGAGACGGCUCGAUAGUUGGAAGACUCGAGGCUGCCGACGGAGAUCGUGGUGACAGAGUUUCGUUGUCCUUGAGAGGGCCCGAUGCGAGGUCCUUCGAAAUCCAUGACAAUGGCGAACUGAUUCUACGGUCGGGUGGUCAUUUUAAUGGGACACUUGCAAGACUGGUGGCGAUUGCAUCAGAUUCCGGAAAUCCACCGCGUACCAGCAUGAUACCAGUGAUAGUGCAUUUACCGAAUGCAGCAUCCUUACCAAUUGCAGCACGAGCAGCUCCAGCUUGGCUAGGGAGCAGCGUUCUUCUCAUAGCGAUAUUUGGAGCCGUUUUAGGUCUUCUCGGAGUGGUUAUUUUGAUCCUCAUCCUGUACAUUUAUAAACACAAACGACCCAAGGGCGGAGGUUCAGUGAGUUCAGUCGGAAAUGGUUACAGAGAAAAGUCUCCGGUUCCUACAGCUUUAAGUUCCACGCCUCAAGUCCUCGCAGCGAGUAUCCUCGAAGACGCUCUGGAUAGCCCGAGGAAUCAAACUGCUCGUGUCAACGAUGUUGAUAACCCGGUGUUUGGCGAGGACAAUGAACGUCCCUAUGAUGCUACUAUCAGAAGUGUGACAGCAUCAAGACAAAUCGCAUUGUACAACAAGCACAAAGUCGGUCCUGCACCGAACCCACCGGCGCUGUCCGCGACUGCAAAUAUCCCCAACAUAGGUGGCCUCGUUCAAAAUAUGAACGACCUAAGUGCUCGAACGAAUAUUGACGCUGGAUCGCAAAAUUCGUCGACCUACUCUGGCGACCCCCCCGACUCGUUGGCACCAACGUGGCCAGCAGGCUCACCGUCGAGGAGAGUCAAAAAACUUUCAUGGGACGACGACGACAAGACGGACGACAGUAUCAACGUUGGCGCCGACUCACGACCAGGUCUCAGUAGAACCGGAAAUGAAAAACUCAAUCUCACCGUGUACUUUUAAGCCCUCCUGUAUAUUCGCCAACGAAACACUCGUGCAAAUAUGGCGAACCACCCAAUCAUUGUCCAUUUAUUGAAUGAAUAACAGUCUAUCUUAUAGCCCUGUAAAAAUUUUAUUUCAAAGCAAGUACGAUAUUAACGAAUCGAUGUAUUUUGGGACAAUAAAGAAACAAAUUUAAGUGUA